GGCCUUAAAGUAAAAAGUAAUUAUAAGAAAUAUGGCAGAUGCAUUUAUUUCAGCUUCGACUCUAAUCCUUUUCAUGAAAGAAAUAUAUAAUAAAUUCUAUAACAUGAAGAUAAUCCAGCUCAACAAAAUCCUGUUUUAUAUAUUUUCCUGUUAAACUUACCCAAUUAUUGCAUUUGAACACCUAAAAAGUAACUUUAGCAUGUUAAAACAAAUUUGAAAUUUAUUAAUUAUUUAAAAUGAACUGUUUCAUCACUACAUUGGUUAAAACUUGAAUUAAAUUUUGUAUUCAGAAAAAAUGAGGUAAGUAUAAGAAUAAGUGAAUUAUGAUGAAUCCGGAGACUAGUCAGUGAAAUAAUGUGUCAAAUGAUUUAGUUACAAACCAACGUGAAACUGAGUUAGCCGUGAUGGACGCAGAAAAUCGCGUGAUCCUAAACUGUGGCGGGAUUAGACAUGAAACAUAUAAGACGACGUUAAAAAAGAUCCCAGCAACCCGACUGUCAAGGCUCACGGAAGCUUUGGCCAAUUAUGAUCCAAUACUAAAUGAAUAUUUUUUUGAUAGACAUCCCGGUGUUUUCGCUCAGAUUCUUAACUAUUACAGGACCGGAAAGUUACAUUAUCCUACUGAUGUAUGCGGACCUCUGUUCGAAGAGGAGCUUGAGUAUUGGGGACUUGAUAGUAACCAGGUCGAACCAUGCUGCUGGAUGACAUAUACUCAGCACAGAGACACACAAGAGACCCUGGCUGUGCUGGACCGGUUGGAUCUAGAUACUGAUAAACCAAGUGAUGAGGAGUUAGCUAAACGGUUUGGUUACGAAGAUGCAUAUUACAAUGGUGCUGUUUCAAAAUGGAUGAAAAUAAAGCCUAAAAUCUGGAGUACAUUCGAUGAACCUUAUUCAUCCCCUACGGCAAAGAGUGUCGGUAUUGUUUCUGUGUUUUUCAUCUGUACCUCUAUUCUAACCUUCUGCCUGAAAACACAUCCAGAUAUGAGAGUUCCAAUUAUUCAUAAUAUUACAGUUAGAACUUCGCAAAAUACAACAGCUUGGACUCUGGAUAAAUAUGGGACAAACGCUCAUGAUGCUUUCUUUUAUGUGGAGUGCGUUUGUAAUGCGUGGUUCACAAUUGAGCUUCUAAUUAGAUUUAUUUCGUGUCCCGAUAUAUGUGAUUUCGUACGCAGUUCUGUCAAUAUUAUAGACUGUAUUGCUACCCUUAGCUUCUACAUAGAUCUGGUGUUAGCUCAGCUAGCUUCCCAUCUAGAGAACGCUGAUGUUCUGGAGUUCUUCUCAAUCAUUAGAAUACUUAGGCUCUUCAAACUUACAAGACACUCAUCUGGACUUAAAAUCCUACUUCAGACUUUCAGAGCUUCAGCUAAAGAACUAAUGUUACUGGUUUUCUUCCUGGUAUUGGGAAUCAUUAUCUUUGCUAGCUUAGUGUAUUAUGCAGAACGAAUACAACCCAACCCUCACAAUGACUUUAAUUCAAUUCCCCUUGGACUGUGGUGGGCUCUUGUAACCAUGACUACAGUAGGAUACGGAGAUAUGGUUCCUAAGACCUAUCUAGGGAUGUUUGUAGGAGCACUAUGUGCUCUAGGAGGUGUACUAACUGUAGCUCUUCCAGUUCCUGUCAUUGUUUCAAACUUCGAGAUGUACUAUUCACAUACACAGGCCAGAGCUAAGCUGCCAAAGAAACGGCGACGAGUGGUCAACGUUGAUGUCUCUGAGGUCAGAAGAAAUAGAAAUCGGUCAACUUCUAGAUCUGUUACAAGUAAACUCAACAUGAGUAAGCUUGGAAUGGGCUCAAAACUUGAGGAGCUGGGGUUGUCUGGUGUUGGUGCGAAUAUGGUAACUGUAGGACCAGGGGGCCCCCAGCCUGGGAUGGGCAUACUAGCAAUGAUGGCUAGUAUUGGGGCAGUUCCUGGAGCUGGAGCACCUCCUCCUUAUCCUCAACUUGGAGCUGGAGCACCUCCUCCUCAUCCUCAUCUUCAACCUGGAGCACCUCCUCCUCAUCCUCAUCUUCAACCUGGAGCACCUCCUCCUCAUCACCAUCAACAUCAAACCACACAUGGUGUCAAUUUUCUUCCGAUAAACGAAGAAGAAAAUGGAAUAACAGCCAAUUCUCCUCUAAUUGAUAAAACUUCUAAAAAUGAGGUGAAUCCACCCAGUGAUGCUGAUAAUAAAAAUGCCUCCAAGCAUCUCUCAGAACCGGAAUCUCUUCAAGUUAAAAAGAUUGAAAAAUACUACCAUACAUUGUCUGACCGUACAACAGAAAUGAUAUUGCUGUAACGUUUACAAUUCAUUAUAGAAAAUUAUUUUGUCAAAUUGCAAUUUGACAAUUAUCGUUUUUGAAAAUGCACACUAAUGCUGCUUUUUUUAUGAAUUUUUACAUGGCAAAUACAACACAGCUUUUUUAUAAAUAGGUUAAUUUUAAACACCAAAAUUGGUUAAAUAUUUGGAAGAAUUUAUAAAUUGUUUAAGUAUAAUUUUUUAAGGUAGUAGUUUUUUUAUUUUCUGAAAAU